AUGACCGUCUCCUUCACAGUCCUGCUCUGUCUGGGGCUGACUCUGGGCCAUGGGACACCAGUGCUGUCAGGAAUUCGCCCUAAACCUAUCCUCAGAGCACAAACAGAUUCUGUGGUCUCUGAGCUGACUACAGUGACCUUCUUGUGUGAGGGAACCAUGGGAGCCCAAGAAUACCGUCUGUAUAAAAAUGGACAUUUCAGGAACAAAAAAAAUCCACCAAAUCCUAAGAACAAGGCUGAAUUCUCAAUCUCAAAAAUAGUCCCUCAGGAAGCAGGGCAAUAUACCUGUCAAUAUUGGACCCAUUAUGGAUGGUCAGAGCACAGUGACGCCCUGGAACUGGUGGUGACAGGGGCCUACAAUAAACCCAGUCUCUCAGCGCAGCCCAACCCUGUGGUGACUGAAGGAGGGAAAGUCACCCUCCAGUGUGGCUCAAAGCAACAAUAUUCUGGGUUCAUUUUGAUUAAGGAAGGACCACAGCAAGAAUACAGGAUACUGGACUCAGAGUAUAACCAGUCUACUUGGCAGUAUGAGGGCAGGCUCCCUGUGGGCCCUGUGACCUCCAGUCAAAGGUGGACAUUCAGAUGCUACAGCUUUCACAGUAACAGCCCAUUGGUGUGGUCAGAUCCUAGUGACCCUCUGGAGCUCCUGUUCUCAGGGACCCUCCAGAAACCCACCAUCAAGGCUAAGCCAGGCCCUGUGGUUGCCUUAGGAAGCCCCAUGAACAUCUCCUGUCAGGGGACCCUGGAUGCAGAAAUGUGUUUUCUGCAUAAAGAGGGAAGCCAACAAACCUGGGGUACACAGACCCCAAAGGAGCCUGGGAACAAGUCCACGUUCUCCAUUCCUUCUGUGUCAGAGGACAGUGGGGGGCAAUAUCGCUGUUACUGUUACAGCUCAGCUGGCUGGUCAGAGCCCAGUGACACCCUGGAACUAGUGGUGACAGGAAUCUAUGACACUAAACCACACCUGGCAGAAUUGCACAGCCCUGUGGUGACCUCAGGGGGGAACAUGACUCUGAAGUGUGUCUCACAGGCAGUGUAUCACAAGUUCAUCCUCACCAAGGAAGAUCAGAAGGUCUCCAGCUCCAUGAACUCACAGUAUCUACACAGUAUUAACCAGUACCAAGCCUUAUUCUCUAUAGAUCAUGUAACAGCAGACCACACAGGGCAAUUCCGAUGCUAUGGUUUCUACAACCAAACCCCACAGCUGUGGUCAGCACCCAGUGAGCCCCUGGAAAUACACAUCUCAGGUCUGUCCAAGAAGCCCUCCCUGCUGAGUCACCAAGGCCAUAUCCUGGAACCUGGGAAGAGCCUCACCCUGCAGUGUGUCUCUGACAUCAACUAUGACAGAUUUGCUCUGUACAAGGUGGGGGAAGACAUCUUCACCAAGCAGUAUGGCCAGAGGACCCAGGAUGGGCUCCUGUUGGCCACCUUCACCCUGGGCUAUGUGAGCAGCUCUACAGGAGGCCAAUACAGAUGCUAUGGUGCACACAACCUCUCCUCUGAGUGGUCAGCCUCCAGUGAUCCCCUGGACAUCAUGAUCACAGGACAGCUUCCAGACCGUCCUUCCCUCUCAGUGAAGCCAAACUCAACAGUGCAGUCUGGAGACAACGUGACCCUGCUGUGUCAGUCAACAUACACGACAGACACUUUCAUUCUGUCCAAGGAGGGAGCAGCACACCAACCCCAGCGAAUGAAAUCCAAGCCCCAAGAUAGGGAGUUCCAGGCAGAAUUCCCCAUGAGUGCUGUGACCUCUGCCCUCUCAGGCACCUACAGGUGCUACAGGUCUCAAGACUCAUCUCCCUACCUGCUGUCACAUGCCAGUGCCCCUGUGGAGCUCUCUGUCUCAGGACCCAUUGUAUCCUCCAGCCCACCACCUUCAAGUCCCUUGCCACCAGCUGGCCUGGAAAUGUACCUGAAGGCUCUGAUUGGAGUCUCUGUGGCCUUCCUCCUGUUACUCUCCAUUCUCAUCUUUCUCCUUCUCCAAAGAAGGCGUCAGGGAAAGUUCAGGAAGGAUGAUCAGAAAGAGAUAGAAUUGCAACAUCCUGCAGGAGCUUCAAAGCCAGUAACCAGAGACAGAGGACACAAGAAGAGAUCCAACCCAGCUGCUGCCAACCAGGAAGAAAUCCUAUAUGCUUCAGUGGAGAAAAUGAAACCUGAGGAUGGUGUCAAGCUGGACAGUUCGAGACCACCUGAGGAAGACCCCCAGAAACAGACAUAUGCCCAGGUGAAAGACUCCAGGCUCAGGAGGGCAGAAGCUGUCCUACCUUCUGUCAUGUCAAGAGAAGUCCCAGAAACAAAAGAAGAACAAGCAGAAGAGGGCAGAGAGACAGACACUCAGGCUGCUGAAUCCGAAGAGCUCCGAGAUGUGGUCUAUGCCCAGCUGUGCAGCAGGUCACUCAGACAGGGGACAGCUGCACCUCCUCGCUCCCAGGCAGGAGAAGCCCCAGAGGAGUCCACUGUAUAUGAUGCUCUGGCCGUCACUCGACCAGGUCCUGUUCCCAUUAAAGAGAAGCAAUGA